CUAACCUCAAAUGUUAAUGUAGUUUGGAAUUUGUUUGUAAUUUAUUUAUUUGUUUGUAUAUUAAUUUGAUAUUGUUUUUGAGUAAAAUAAUGGAAGACGAAGGCAUCGGGGAUUUGCCAAAACUGGUCCGAAAUUUCUCUACUUUGUUGCAGGCGCUUGUCGGACAUCAAUUGGAGCAGAACAGUCACGUGUACCAAGAAUGCAUUCAGGGCGUCAAAGACAGUUGGCCAGCGAACAAACUGACCAUUCAAAUAAUCUCAAAGUUUUACAAACACUUUCCUCACUUACAACAGCAAUCCUUAGACUGCGUUUUGGACUUGUGCGAAAAUGACGACGGCCAAACUCGCAUGCAUGCCAUCAAAUACCUUUCAAUCAUUUGCAAAGAUAAUCUGCAAGAUGCAUCAUAUUUUGCUUAUUUGUUAUCGCAAUUUUUGCAAUUGGGCCUUCCCGAUUACAUCACUGUUUGCGAUAGCUUAGGACACCUUUUCAAAUUGAGUCCGCUUGAUUCUUUGGAUGGGAUUUUUAAGAAUAUUAGUGAGAUUGAGGAAGGUGCUGUGAGAGAUAAAACUGUGGAUUUUAUUUAUAGUAAACUUACUAAGAUAUUGAUAGAAAAAAGCGAUCAACAAAAAGUUGAUGAACUAUUGUUAAGUAAAGCUAGACAUAUGGUAAAAGAUUGUUCUAUUUCUACGGAUGAAUUUAUGAUUUUGAUGACGUAUUUGGUGAAUACAAGUUGGGCCAAAUUGCAAGGGCAACAAGAAAUUUUUCAAAUAAUUGAGGACAAAAUUGAAAUAAUUGAAUCAUUUCAGCUUGAUGAUGUUGACUGUUUGGACAUAUGCAUGGAAUUAAUAAUGCCUUUAUUUAACAAUAACGGUGAUUCGUCUAGAUUUGUAAAUUAUUAUUGCCAAAAAGUUUUACCAAAGCUUCAAGAAAUUUUAUCGUUAAGAAAUGGAGAUCAAUAUCAAAUAGAACUUCUCAAGCAGUUGACAUUGAUGAGCUCACAUUGCAAAAAAAUCUCAAUUGAAGCUUUAGAUUGUUUGCUGGCAAGUUUAAAAGAAUUUAUUCCAGUCGUGCCUGUUGAUGAAUCUCCAAAUUUAGACUUUUGCAAUAUUGAAUGUCUUUUAUACACGUUUCAUAAUUUGUGCAAAAUCUUACCCGAGUUUUUGUUGAAUGACUCAGAAAAGUUGAACGGAUUAAGGACAAAUUUGCAAUAUUUGACUUUUAUUGUUGGCGAUUGGGACCAAACCUUGAAAACCAAAAAAUAUUGCAACUUAAAGAAAACUUUAUCUCAAGUAGAUAAAAUCAAGCUUGAUUUGUCUUUGAAAAUUUUCGAUAAUUUACUCGAGAUAAGUAAGGACUUUUUUAAUCAGCCACCUGUUUACAAUGCCAGCGUCCAAUUGAGUUUCACUGUAGUUAAAUGUAAAAUUGAGAUUCAAGAAACGCCAACAAGAUUAUUGACUCCGCCUCCGCCAAAAGCAAAACGUCCUCCCAGCCCAAUAACAUUUGAUUUGGCCAAAAAAACUUCCCAAGAAUCGCUACAAGUAGUUGCAUCAAAUCAUGGUGGCAGAGGGCUUGGAAAUAGGGGUCGCGGAAAUCAGGGUGGUUGGGGUCGUGGGCAAAGGGGUGGAAGGGGCUGGGUUGGGAAUUGGGGUCAUAGGGGCCAAAGAGGAAGAGGCCAAACUUCCGCGUGAAUAAAUAGUUAAGAAUUUUAAAAUAGCUGUUAUUUAUAUUUUUUUUACAAUGAUACGAAUUUUGUAUGAUAACAAUGAUUAACUAAUAAUGUAAUUUGUGAAAAUUCAUAAAUUAGAAAAGAUUCUUUAUAUACAAACUAACUUUAUAGGAUUUAUUAUAAAAUAUAUUGAAUUUCAAUUUUUGGCUAGAA